AUGCUGAGACUCACCACUAGAAGACUGUACAGCUCGCGGAAUCUAUUCAAGACAUUUCCACAGACCCUGGUUGGUGCAAAAUGGGCUUGGAAUGUUGAUUUGCGAAGUCUUAGGAAGGAAUAUCGAGGUUUGCAAGCACAAGAACAUCCAGAUACCAAUGCCAACACAGACUCAAGCCGCAGCUCCGAAUUAAAUCAUGCAUACCAAACACUGAGACAGCCUUUGCUACGAGCACAACACAUUUUGAAGACACAAGCAGGGAUGGACUUGAACGAUGAACAUGUGGCACAACGUAUCGCUCAACAAGAUCCGGUGCUGCUAAUGAGGGUCCUGGACGUACACGAAGAACUUGAAAAUCUAGCAAGCGAAGACGACGUUAAAAAAGUUUCAUUGGAAAACCAAGAACGCUUGCGUGAUCUUGAACAGAGAUUGGGACAAGCUUUUAGCUGCCAAAAUUGGGGUUUGGCCGCUCAAUUAACCGUAGAGUUGAAGUAUUGGACCAGUCUUGAUCGAGCUAUCAAGGAGUGGGAGCCUGGUAAGAGACUGGAAUUAAAUCAUUGA